GAUCCAUAGAAGCGACGCUACGUGUCGUAGUGACAAUAAUCAGUAUUUCAACUCAAUUCCAACAGACAAACGAAUUAUCUGGGUUUUGUGCUAAGAGCACUGCCUAUCUUUCCAAAUGGCGUCCAAAAACAAAGGCACCGACGAAGUGAAAGGAUGGUAUCACAGAACCUGUACUGCACCAGGUCGGUUGGAUGGCAAGUUAGCCGUGGUGACCGGAGCCAGUACCGGAAUCGGGGAGGUGACGGCUGCCGAAUUGGCCCGACGGGGAUGCAAGGUGAUUAUGGCGUGUCGUGACCUGAAACGGGCGCAAGCUGCGGUUGAUCGGAUACUGGAUAAAUAUGGACCUUCGAAACCAGACAGUGUCAAGUUGGAUGUUGCGGACUCGUCCGUUAUUCAAUACUUGUCCGUUGUGCAACCUGAACAGCUUGUUUUGGAAUUGCUGGAUUUGGCAUCACUUCAGUCAGUUCGCCAGUUCGCAAGCCGUAUGCUAUCGAAGUACAAUAAGCUAGAUUUUCUAAUCAACAAUGCCGGAGUGGCCAUAAAUGGUUACACCAGCUCCGUUGAUGGAUUCGAGAUGACCAUGGCAACGAACCAUCUGGGCCCAUUCUUACUCACUGAGCAACUGCUUCCGAUGUUGAAGCGCGCAGCCCCGUCAAGAAUAAUCAAUGUGUCUUCACUAGCACACAGUUUUAGCAAACAGUGGAAGCCGCAAAUUUUCAUACCUGCGAAAGAAUACUCCAUCAUAAAGGCCUACAGUUGGUCAAAGCUUGCAAACGUAAUGCAUGCAAGGGAGUUGAGCCGUCGACUUGAAGGCACUGGUGUUAUCGCAGUCAGCCUACAUCCGGGAUCUGUGAAAACUGAGUUGACAAGAGACUGGCAUGGAUUCUUCCCAGCAGUUUGGAUGAAAAUUUCAAGACCGAUGCUAAUCACACCAUGGCAAGGAGCGCAGACAACGAUGUACACCGUGCUAUCCAGUAACUUGGUACCUGGCGGUUACUAUUCCAAUUGCGCAGUGAAGACGCCUUCUUCAACAGCGCUCAACAAUGAAGACUGCAAAUGGUUGUGGGAGAAAUCUUGCGAACUGGUGGGGAGUUCAGGUACAGAAUGACAAGAACCUACUUGCAUGGAGCUGCAGAUCACCUUGUCUGGCAAUAUCAACAUUACUGCUUUUUCCACGUCAAUUUUGCUAACAGAUAAAUGCUAAAGAGAACUUUCUAUCAGUUGCUGA